AAUUUUGAAGGCUGCAGUUUGAACACCCCUGCUCUUGUUUUGGCCACUGGGUGGCGCUGUAACAACAGAAGUCCUAAAAAGCUGCGGAUGGAGGGGUUUAUUAGAGAGCGGCAUCAAACUGCAGCAUGUGGCUGUGGGAAACAUUCUGAACGUGAUGAAAUCCUGAAGCUGAGCAGCGUGCAUGCUGCUGCUUCGGGUCAGAACCGCACUUCUGGGUCCGAACCACUCUGACUGCAAUCUCAGAGAUGAGGUGGAAAUGAGGGAUGGAAGCAAAAAGCACAAAGCAGCAAAAACAGGGUGAUGACAGAGAAAUGCAGGAGAGAGAAACCCUGAAUGGACACAACUGACUCUGCUCUCAGCCAAUCAGAGUGUCCGCCUCCCCCCUUCCUGCAUCCGGGCUCUGUGAUUGGAUAACAGGGGCAGAAAUGCAGAGACUCAGGAACAUAAAGACGAAGAAGCAGCUGGAUAAAGACGGCCCGCUGCUCCUUCAUGAUGGAGGUGUUUACCACGAUGGGCCUGAAGCCCACUGACUGCUGCAGCUGCUGUUCGGCCCACGGCAUUAUGGGAGCUGGAGUCCUCCAGGUGGCGCAGGAGGAGGACUGAUCUGCAGAGGAUUGUGGGUCAGCAGAGUUUGGAGAUGUGAGGUGGUGGGCGGACGGCUUCCAGCAAACUCUUGUUUCUUUCCUUCCUGCUGCAGUUUCUCCCUCAUCUCUUCUCUGUUCCCCUCACUCCCCACUUCAUCUCCCCCUCCUCUCUCCUCCAUCUCCCCCCCCCGACUCCACCUGCUCAAGGAGAAGCCAGGAUGGGUUGUCGUCUCACUCGGACUAAGGCGAAGACUCUUGACCCGUCUCAUCACCGACGCCGGGAGGAGCUGCACUACGUGGACGAGUAUGGACAGCAAAUCACUGUACAGGUUGACAGUAAAAGAGGGCGUGGCCAUGGGAGGAGGCGGUCCCACUGCGCAGUUGAAUGCAACCUCCCAACAGAGAGACGGUGGGAGGCCCUGAGAGCCAUGGGGCUGGUGGAGGGGGAGGAGGGCCAGGGAGGAGUCUAUGGAGCAGGGACCUAUUAUGGACACAUGACCGUGUCACCUGACCUGUACCCUACCAACAGCCACCUGAUGAUGUCACCUGAUGUCUAUUCACCCAGUGGGUACCUCCCUACACCACUAAGCCACCAGCACCCCGGCUACCUGCCCACUGUCUCCUACAGCUUGGACCAACUGGACAGGCUGGACUACCAGGGUCCGGAGCUGUUGCCCUAUCAGCCAAACUCAGAAAGCUGUCUGAUUGGCUGCUACAGCCCAGAUGAGCUGAAGCCGAAGAGUUUCCCCCGACAGUCGGACUACCGUCCUACCUGGAGGCCUGAGCGACACCUUGGCUACCUUCCCCUCAGCGAGUUGGACAGUGGGUUAGGCUGUGGGCCGGACAGCCCACACCACAGGGUGGCGCUCUCGGAAGCUGAGACGGAUGCCAUGUCAUCACUACCUGGCCACACCCCUUCCUCCAAAGGCUCCUCCUCUUCGUCUGAGUCCCUAAUCUCAUCUGAGCCCAGUGACUCUGGCUUCCAUAGCGUUAGCACGGGAGAGCACAGACGACUUCACAAGAUCCACGCAGGUCACACUCACCGCCAGACUCCCCACCUCCGCUCAGGCCACUCCCCUCGGGAGCAAAGAGGACGCUGGGACUUGGAGUCCAUUCCUGAGACGACGCCGAUGAUUCAGUCCGGAAAGCCUCAGGCCUCCCACUGCUCAGUGGGGAACAGCACGACCACCACGGUCCAUUUCCACAGAGCUGAGAGGAGUCCCACUUUACCACGCCAUUGUUCACCCCCGUCGCCUUCAGUCGGUUGCCGGACCGAACCCUGCCAGCGGAGGGCGCUGUGGUUGGAGCAGCAGGGUGCUGGCAGGAUGAUGGAAACUCCUGGGAGGAGUCGGACUAUAAUGGACCUGAGUGUAGGACAGCAGCGCCGCAGGGCGAGUCACCCCAACAUGACGGAUCCAAACCUGCACCAGAACGGCCAUCCCAGUCCGACCAGUGACACGAUGGGGCCAAGGAGCAGGGCCAGUUACCCCAGCAACAGUCAUCCCGCUGGACACCUCAGCAUCGACGGAGCCAGUCUGACCAGUCGUCACAGCUCUAAUCGGAGCAGGGAGGAGGACUCCCUCUCUAAGAGUCCUGGCUCCGCCUCCAGCGGCGUCUCAAACUGGCGUGGGUUCCAGACCUUCGGGGGUCACGUGGAGAAGCCUAAAGGUUCCUGCGCUUCUCUCUACAGCACACUGGGGGCUCCGCAGCGCAGUCCUCGGUCUCCAACGUCCCCCCGCUCAAGACUGUCCAAUCAGAAGUCAGUCAGGAACCAGCUGCUCAGGGCCCGAGCUUACCGAUUGGCCAGGGAGCGCAGUGAGGUCACCACAGACGAAGAGGUACGAGGAGAGGGGGGGAGGCAGGGAGACGAGGACGGGGAGGACGGCCGCUGGGCUGGACGGUACUGGAGCCGCACCGAAAGAAGGCGUCAGAUGGCGUUGUCACGGCAACACAGAGAAAGGAGGGGUGUAGGGGAGGAGAUGGUGGGAGGAGGCCAGGGGGCGCUGUCGUCCCAGAUGGUUCUGGAGCUGAGCCACAUGAAACAGAACCGGCUGAGAAACAGCAAACUGCUGGAUGACUGGACCACCGUGGAGGAGCUGCUGACCCACGGGACCCGGGUGGAGAGCGACAGCCAGCUGUGUCCCAGCCCGCUGCUGUCCGUCACCACCGUCUGACCGGGUCAGAACCAUCUGACUGGGUCAGAACCACAGCUGUCCGUCACCACCGUCUGACCAGGUCACAACCGCUCAGUCUGACCGGGUCAGAACUGUCCGUCACCACCGUCUGACCGGGUCAGAACCGUCUGACCAGGUCAGAACCACAGCUGUCCGUCACCACCGUCUGACCAGGUCACAACCGCUCAGUCUGACCGGGUCAGAACCGUCCGUCACCACCGUCUGACCGGGUCAGAACCACUUGCAGACUCUGACCCAGAUUCAGUAAAGGUUCUGAGUCAUAACCAAACCAGUUACCUCUGGGCUUUCGGGAAAACCCGGUCCAGUUCGGUCUGAUCAGAACCAAAUGAACAUCCUGCUUCUGUUCAGUGAAAUUAUCUCAACGGGUUUUGUUUUUGAACCAGAACCAGAACCCAGUCCUUUUAACUUUUAACCAAAUCUCCUAUAACAGUAUUAAUGUUUGGUACCCGGUACUGGUUCUGCUGGGACCUCUGGAUCAAACAGGUGAUCAGAACCUUUCAGAACCUGCAUCCUACCAGGAGUUUCUUCUGUGGAUCAGAACCAAGAGGCAGUUUGGUUCAAACUAAACCUGGAAUCGAAUAUUUGAGUCUGGCGCCUCAUGGAACCGAAACAGAACCUGAACGGGUCGUGACCGGCUCCUUCACGUGCUGUGGAAGCUCACUCCUCUUCUUCACGGCUUUUCUCUACGGGUCAUCAGCGUCAGAAUGGACUCCAUGUGGGAAAGAACUCCGGUCCGCCUGACCGGUCCUCGGUUCUCUUUGGGCCGGGCCAGGUGUGUAAAUAAAAGAUCCGUCCUGGAGCUCAGAACCCAGACAGCAUCGGAUCGUCCCUGAUGUUAAAAGCUGGCAUCCGCUAGAUAAUCCAACACGGAUUUUAUCUGCUGCUUUUCCUCCGACCUGAAAACGAACUAAAAUCCUGGAGAAUACGGAAUUAUUUCAUCAGGAAAACCCGUUUUCCUGAUUUAUUUUCCUUCUUUUCAGAACCUAAACGAACCGAAAUAUCAGCAACAUCUCAGACGUUUUCACUGACAGUAAGGCUCCAGGUCGUUCCCAUGGAAACGUUCCGAACCUCAAUUCAGAUAGGAUUAACAAGCUAACGGCUAGUUGUGUGUUGUCCUUGGUGUCACUGCGUCGCCUGCUGAAGGUGGGAAUGUUCCAGGCUGUGUCAGAAUCACGCCAGCUAGCUGCUGCAGCCCGCUGAAGCUAAUUAAUGAUCAUGUGACAUAAACCUGACAGCAAAGCAACGACGUAGGGCUGUGGCGUACUUGCUGUUUAAUGACGCAAACGCAUAAAUAAAAUGGCUGCCAAGUUAUUUGCGUUGAUUUGAAGCGUUAUUUGUGCGCGUCUCCCAAAAUUAAUGCAGCGCAACGCGUCCAAAUGCCACAAUAUACCAGUAGGUGGAGCAACCAGUGGGUGGAGCAACCAGUAGGUGGAGCAACCAGUGGGUGGAGCAACCAGUGGGUGGAGCAACCAGUAGGUGGAGCAACCAGUGGGUGGAGCAACCAGUGGGUGGAGCAACCAGUGGGUGGAGCAACCAGUAGGUGGAGCAACCAGUGGGUGGAGCAACCAGUGGGUGGAGCAACCAGUAGGUGGAGCAACCAGUGGGUGGAGCAACCAGUGGGUGGAGCAACCAGCAGGUGGAGUUGACAAAGCGAGACACACCACGGUGACUCCGUCUCUGGUUUAGAGGUCUUUCACACCAGCUACGAUACCGCUGCUGUCUUUUUUCUGUCGUGAUCUCAAAAUUAACCAGAGAGUGAGCUCUUUUAUUGACGCCAUGGGCGUUUCUCUAUGUCAAGGCACCUUGCUUACGAGGACACGGUCCUUCCUUGGUCAAAGAAAACGGUUAAAUGGAACGGACUUGCAUCACGUGACCACGGCGGUCGCGUAACGCCAUGUGACACGGGAGAUAACGUUAUAUUUUAUACGUAUUAGUUUCGAUAUAAAUAUAUAAUGAGCCUUUUACUUUUUAAGUUGUGUUUUUGUUUAUUAAAUAAAAAAUAUAUGAGUGAGUUACUACCCGCUAGCCACCGAAGCUGCAACUACUAACCAACUAACCAACCAUAGAUAACUUCUUUGGAUCUAAAAGACAUUUUAAAUUAGCUGACUUACUUUUAAACUUGAAAUUUGUCCCAGAAGUAGCUGCCGGCUUCUGAUCCGCCGUCUUUUUGAAAAUACCGCGGUGUAUUCUGGGUAAUUUUUGACCAAGGCUAGGCUACAAGACACCUCCCGUGUUUCCUUGCUCAGCUAGCUAAACGGCUAACAAACGGAGAACACACGCCUCGGUAGAACAUGAACAUUGGAACACGUCUUGGUGGUUCCUGAUGACGUGUCUCCUAGGCAACCGGGGCGGGGCCAAGGCAUCAAGGCAGGUUGUACUCUCUUUCUGGUCUGAGUUCUAUAGUGCGCCCCCUAGUGGAACCCUCCAGUACUAUAUGCAGUGCCGUCUAGCAGCAAGUGUGUGAACAGCCUGCGCCACCGCGCGGUUAAACAGCAAGUACAUUCCAGGCCUUAGGAAUCAAGCUUGUGAAGUUUUGAGAAGGCAGCGACCUCAAACUAGCCGUUAGCAUGCCAAAUCUCUGAGGGUGGUGAGGUGUUACUGUCGACGUUUCCAUAGAAACCACGCCACCAGAUUAGGAUUCACAAUGGCUGUGCUCCAGGUGGUUCUGGUUAGUGGUCGGAUCCAGUCUGAGCAGGGACACAUUCACGUAAUCAGGUCAAAGGUUGCAACGCGACGUGUCGGACAUAAAAAAAACUGUCCGAUGCAAUUUGUUAAAAUUUAAAAAUACUGUUUAUUUUCAUAUUUUGUAAAACAAUUCAAUGAAAUGAGCUCCAGAGGAUCCGGGUCAGCGGGUCGGGCCUGAAGCGAGCACAGGAGUUACUCCUAACGUGUGUUUUGUGUUGAUGUCACAACAAAAAGGGAAUUUAAACGUUGACAGGAACUGGUCAGCAGUAAUUAGCCAAAGACGUGUAACCUUGGACCAUCAGAGUAUCCUAGUAAUACUAAAAUAUAUUUUAUAACCAUAGUAGCUUUAUAUACUUGAUUUUUGCUUCUGCUUCUCAUCGUUUUGUUAGUCAGUAGAUGGAUGUUAGCUUAAAAAAUCUGCAUCUAGCAUGCUAACUCCUUAGCACUGAACACACACACACACACACACACACACACACACACACACACACACACACACAGCUUUUGCACAAUCUUAGGGAAAGACAUCAGGACCCAUUUUUGUCACUUUCACAUCACUGGGGGGGGGGGGGGGGGGGUGGACCCUGAGGACAGUCAGGUUCGUCUAUCACCUGGUCACAGGUGCUUUAUUGGAAGAGGGUCAAACCCUGUCACUGGUCAGCUGGUGCAUCCGGAUCUCCUCAGGUUUGCUCAGGUCAUGUUUUAGGGUGUCAUUAAAGCCUGAUUCAUGCCUCUCCGUCUGCGUCUGCGUCAGCGAGGAGACACGCAACGUCCUUGCGGGCCUGCCGGAGAGCUCCGCAAGGACGGACGGAGUCGAGCUCUCUUUCCUAAACAUCCGUCAGUCGAGACGGACAACGCAAGCUUGUGAUUGGUCAGGACGCCGCUGUCGUCUACAGCGCCUCCAUUGCGCCCUCAACAACAUAAAGAGAGCCGAGGAUAACUAGCGGCAGACACGGAGAAGCUUGAAGAAUACCUCGCGAAAAAACUCUAAAAACAUGAGCGUUUUAUUUGUGGACAGAAAUGACAGGAAACGUGGGUUUAGAGGUGGCGAGCGCAUGAAGAGGUGGAGGAGGAUGAGAGACAAAUAUGUCUGUGUUAAAAAGUCUCUUGUAUACAAAAAACACAAUAUAAACACACUAUCUUGUACCGAUACAUGACAGGAUACCACAGAACAGCGCUACGCCCUCUGCUGUCCUGGCGGGGAAUUGCUCUGCAACACUCUCCAGGAGACGGAGAAGUAUGAGAGCAAAACGCUUCCGUCAAUCCGUGCGUGUCUGUCCCUCACGGAGCUGACGGAGAAGCAUGAACCAGGCUUAACUUUAAAGACAGGGUUCCCUUAGGUUCUAGUUUACACACACACACACACACACACACACACACACACACACACACACACACGGUCACUUCCUAUCCAAACACAUCAAAGUGAAUCUAAAAGAUUUUGAAAAUGGCGUGUGUGUGUGUGUGUGUGUGUGUGUGUGUGUGUGUGUGUCUCUGUGCGCGCGUCUGUGUGUGUGUGCGCGCGUCUGUGUGUGUGCAUGUGUGUGUGUGCGUGUGUGUGUCUCUCUGUGUGUGAGUGCAUGUGUGUGUGUGUAUUUGUGUGUGUGUGUGUGAGUGCAUGUGUGUGUGUGUAUUUGUGUGUGUGUGUGUGCGUGCAUGUGUGUGUGUGUAUUUGUGUGUGUGUGUGUGCGUGCAUGUGCGCGUGUGUGUGCGUGUGUGUGUGCAUGUGUGUGUGUGCGUGAGACAGGUUUAGAGUUGUUCUGAUUAAGAACAGAUGAGAUGAUGUUCUCCUGCUCUUCUGUCCUCUGACCCGUCUCGUGUCGGGUCAGACUUGAGAUGUCAGGUGUGUGUUGUUGUGUGUGAACCCUAACUGUGACUCUGAUUAGUGAAACGAUCACUGAUGGAUUUUACACAACUCUUGUGAAAAACAUUAAAAUGUGCCAGACGUGAA